AACAUGGCGGCCCUCUGAACUUGUGUCUCGUCUCCAAACUCGUGAACGGAUCUUCUUCCUGCAAUGGAAGUCACCAUCCAAAAUUUCAGCGAGCAGCUUGAAGUCCUCAAGACCGUCAUCAAAGACGCUUCUUUUUUGUCAAUUGACUGCGAAUUCACGGGACUUCACACGCAACGUUCGGUCCACGUCUUUGACUCCGCCGCAGAACGUUACGACAAGCUUCGAGAGUUCUCCCAGGAGUUUCUCGUGAUCCAAGUUGGUCUAUGCACAUUCCAGUAUGACAAGGAGAAAUCUGGGUACCUCUGCCGCGCCUUCAACUUCUUCACCUGUCCACGGCAGAUGCUGCGAGGAUCACCUGACCGCAUCUUCCGUUGCCAGGCCAGCAGCCUACAGUUUCUGUCCCAACACGGCUUCGACUUCAACAAGCUCUUUGCUCAUGGCAUUCCAUACCUGAAGCCCGCAGAGGUGGAGCGUCUGAGCAAGGCCCUCGAAGAGCGGCACGCUGUCCAGAUGGAAGCCCUGGCACAGAACGGCGCCAACGCCGAAGGGAACCGGCCCAAGGCAGCCGUUCCCAAGGAGAUUCAGCCAUUUGUUGACGACGUGCUGGAAUCCGUUGAGCGGUUUCUCAAGGCAGCAGACGACCAAGACACGCCGUCUGCUCCUCCGAAGGAGGGCGAGGAGGGAGGCACCAAAGGUGACGAGGGGGACGGGGCGCUCCAUCUGGCCGAGUGCGACCCCUUUCGGCGCAAGCUCAUCUACCAGGAGGUCAAGGCGCGCUUUGGCGAGGCGGUCGUCAUGGAAACCCAGGCGUCGGUCGGCGGUGCGCGCCAUGUCGUUGUGAGACUUGCGGGGCCGGCCUCGCAGCAGGCGGCGCUGCUCGAAGAGAAGCAGCGCAAGGAGAUGGCAGACCUGGAAAAGGCGCAUGGCUUCGGCCGCCUGCUGGAGGUGGUGGCGCAGAGCGGCAAGCUGGUGGUGGGCCACAACAUGGUGCUGGACGUCGUGCACCUCCUCUCCCAGUUCGUGGACGACCUGCCCAAGGACUACCAAGAGUUCAAGAGCAUGGUAAAGGCCACCUUCCCUGCCGUUGUAGACACGAAGUUGCUGGCAACUGAAGGUGCCCUCAAGGACGUCUUUUCGAGCACCAUGCUGGGUGCUCUGGUGAAGCAGCUCGGCGGCAAGUCAUCGAGCCUUCCACCCAUUGAGUUUGUGCCGGGCUAUGGAUACGACUCUGUGGAGGAGAAGCUUCACGAGGCCGGCUACGAUGCCUACAUCACGGGCCUCUGCAUGGCGGGGCUUUGCCAACGGCUCCGGGGAAAGGGCAGCGAGAGUCCAGCGGAGGAAAUCAACGCAAGCAGCGCCGUGCUGAAGCCUUACCUCAACAGGAUGUACCUGAUGCAGUCGAUAGAUAUCCCUUCCCUGGAGCUGGAUCGUGACGAAGUACGACCGGUUCGAGACCAUGUGCUUCACAUCACCUUCCCCAAAGAGUGGAGGACCUCCGACUUGACGCAGCUGCUCCACAGCUACGGUUACGUAACGGUGCACUGGCUGAACGACACCGAAGCCCUCGUUGCGCUUCCUACUGCUUCCCUGGCCGCACAAGCGGUGAAGCAGCUGAAGAACCAACAGGCUGCGCAGAAGCUGUACCGAGUGCAGACGUUUGCAGAGUUUGCGGGCAGGUCCGGUAAACAGGAGUCACCCAGCGCCAAGCCAGCACUUGCCGAGAACGCUGCAGCCGCCGGCGUCACGGCAACCAGGGUCGAAGCGGACGAGACGGUGGUACCGCGCAAGCGGAAGAGGUCUUCAUCCCUGGGUUCUGCCAUUCCGACGAUCCCUGAAGAAGAUGAAAUCUCCGACUCGCCGAACGAAAAGAAGGUCAAGAAAAAGCCAGAGCCAGAGCCACAGUCACCGGCAAAGCCGCAGCCGAAGGCGCAGUUGGAGAAGCUCUUUGAAGAGAACGACGAUUGGAGCUAAAGGCAACACAAGAUGAACUGGUUCUGGUUUUACAUCGCCUGCAAGUGGCACCAAGUUCAGAGAUGGUGGACCAUGUUUUAUAGUCAACGGAGUGUCAACCAAUAACUGAUCAACUACAUUGAAGAGUAAUUAAAAUCACUGCCACCUC